CAGAACUCAGAAUAAAUGCUUAUUUUUGUUUCAGCUUAUCAGAGACUCAGGGACACUGAGCCAGGUGCAAAGACAGAUACUGGGGCACUGCUCUGCAGGUGCCUCACCAUAAUGCUGCGUCUUCUUGCGAUUUUUGCCACACUCUGCGCUGUUGCAAACAGCUGCCCUACAAUCCUAACAAAGGCUCAAUGGGGAGGUCGUGCUGCCACCUGCAGGACUGCAAUGACCACACCUGUCCCUUAUGUGAUCAUCCAUCACACUGCUGGGGCACACUGCAGUAGCCAGACUUCAUGUAUAAGUCAGGCCAAAAGCAUUCAGAACUAUCACAUGAAUUCAAAUGCCUGGUGUGACGUUGGAUACAGCUUCCUGGUAGGUGAGGAUGGAAAUGUAUAUGAGGGACGUGGAUGGAAUUCUGUUGGGGCCCAUGCUCCUAAUUACAACUCAAACUCAAUUGGAAUCAGUGUCAUGGGAACAUACACUAACAUUAACCCCAAUACUGCAGCUCAGAAUGCAGUUAAAAACCUCAUCAGUUGUGGAGUGACAAAAGGAUACAUUAAGUCGACUUACAUUUUGAAAGGACAUCGUAACGUGGGAUCAACUGAAUGCCCUGGGAACACAUUUUACAACACCGUAAAAACUUGGCCCCGCUUCCAAGCUUGAGAUGUAUCUUCUUGCCCAAGCAACUAAUGUCUGAAGUUUUUAAUCGGCUUUCCAACAAAAAUAUGUCUAAGAAAGGAAACCAGACAGAUCACACAAUACUCCAGAAUAUAUUUUCAGUAUCAUACCUUUCCAUGCAGACAAUACACAGUAACUAAAUGAAAUAAAGUGUAUAAUAUAAAGAUAAACAUUG